AUGCGACCUUUCACGCCACAGGGCCUUCGCCCACUCCGCUUGCUUCUUCCACAAUCUCCCAAACCCAUCGUGUCUACUCGCGCAGCUUUACCUCGCCUAUUCUCGUCAAAGGCUCUCCAAAAUCCCAUCUCAACCCCCACCGCUCGACAAAGGCAUGCUAUCCCAUCUAUAUAUCGAUCCAAAUCUACAUACCCGCGCCUCACAGAAGAUGCGGCGGAUACCCAAACCGAUGCUGAGCGGGAGCGCCAAAAUGCCGAGCGUCGUGCUAAAGAAGAAGCCUACCAAGUCACUUUCACCUGCAAACCGUGCGGUGAGCGCUCUACACACCGCAUGUCAAAGCAGGGAUACCACCGCGGAACGGUACUCAUUCAAUGCCCCUCGUGUGAAUCACGCCAUGUUAUGAGUGACCACCUGGGUAUCUUCUUCGAUAAGGGUACUACCUUGGAAGAUCUUCUUAAGGAAAAAGGUCAGGUGCUGACUCAUGGCCGAACGGAUGGCGAUAUGGAGUUUUGGGACGAUGGGUCCGUGAAUAAGGUUGACGAGAAUGGAGCUCGUCCAUUUGGGACGUCUGGUAAAGAGUCAUCUUAG